CAGCAGAUAAUGUGAGGUAAGAUGGCUGCUGGCUGUUUCUUCAUUUGUUCCUUCGGUAGAUGUUUGCAGGCUGCACUCCCUGCUUGCCUGCCUUCCCUAAUCCGGCGAAAGCAAUUGAUGGCAUUAGUGUGUUUCUCUGCUGUCAAUGGAGCAGGGCGAGGCUCUGCGCAUGCUCCGUGGGGUUCUUUUAUUGGGAAGAGGCUCUCGAGCGGUCCCUCCCUCCCCUCUUGUCUGACUCCGUCUGGGAAGGAACGGUUUGGUGCAUCGGCGGAGACCGGGAGGCUGCCAGGAUCCGGAGUUGAGCGAUAGUUUGAUUCUUCACGUCUGUGGCCUCCUGCAGAUCACCCGUGUCUGUGUAGUCUUCCUCCUUAUCAUCUUCAUCACCAUCAUCCUCACUACAGCCCGGCGGCCAGCGGUAAUCCGUCCCGUUUGCAUUUCUAGCGGUCUGCGGCGCACACGAAACACCGGUGAAGAUGUCUGGCUACCAAGGCAAAAAGAACAUUCCCCGCAUCACAAGCGACCGUCUCCUGAUCAAAGGGGCCAAGAUUGUGAAUGAUGACCAGUCCUUCUGUGCCGACAUCUAUAUGGAGGAUGGAGUCAUCAAACAAAUCGGGGAAAACCUCAUUGUGCCCGGUGGGGUGAAAACCAUCGAUGCCCAUGGUCGGAUGCUGAUGCCCGGUGGCAUCGAUGUGCACACUCGUUUCCAGAUGCCAGAUCGGGGCAUGACCGCCGCUGAUGACUUCUACCAGGGCACCAAGGCGGCGCUGGCCGGAGGCACCACCAUGAUCAUUGACCAUGUGCUACCUGAGCCUGGCACCAGCCUUAUGUCGGCCUUCGAGCAGUGGCGUGAAUGGGCCGACAGCAAGUCCUGCUGCGACUACUCUCUGCAUAUCGACAUUACCGAGUGGCACAAGGGAAUCCAGGAAGAGAUGGAGACGCUCGUGAAGGAUCACGGUGUUAACUCUUUCCUGGUCUACCUGGCUUAUAAGGAUAUUUUCCAGCUUACUGAUGCUCAGGUGUACGAGGUUUUCAGUGUGAUCCGCGAUCUGGGAGCCAUCGCCCAGGUUCACGCUGAGAAUGGGGACAUCGUAGCUGAGGAGCAGCGCAGGAUGCUGGAGCAGGGGAUCACUGGGCCUGAAGGACACGUGCUGAGCCGCCCUGAGGAGGUGGAGGCGGAGGCCGUUAACCGCUCUGUGACUGUAGCCAACCAGACCAACUGCCCGCUGUAUGUCACCAAGGUGAUGAGCAAGAGCGCUGCUGAUGUCAUCGCUCAGGCCAGGAAGAAGGGCACUGUUGUCUAUGGAGAGCCAAUCACUGCAAGUCUGGGAACAGACGGUUCACACUAUUGGAGCAAGAACUGGGCCAAAGCGGCUGCUUACGUCACCUCUCCUCCACUGAGUCCUGACCCGACCACAGCAGACUAUCUCAACUCCCUGCUUUCCUGUGGAGACCUUCAGGUGACAGGAAGUGCACAUUGUCCCUUCAACACUGCCCAGCGUGCUGUGGGCAAAGAUGACUUCAGCUUGAUUCCUGAGGGUGUGAAUGGCACUGAGGAGAGGAUGUCUAUCAUCUGGGACAAGUGUGUGGUAACGGGUAAGAUGGAUGAAAACCAGUUUGUGGCCGUGACCAGCACAAACGCUGCCAAGAUCUUCAACCUGUACCCCCGCAAGGGCCGCAUUGCUGUGGGCUCAGACGCUGAUCUGGUGCUGUGGGACCCUGACGUCACAAAGAUCAUCUCCGCCAAGAGCCACCAGUCGACUGUGGAGUACAACAUCUUUGAAGGCACAGAGGUGCGCGGCGGGCCUCUGGUCGUGAUCAGCCAGGGCAAGAUUGUUUUGGAGGACGGGAACCUCCACGUCACAGAGGGCUCAGGACGUUACGUGGUCCGUAAACCUUUCCCUGACUACGUCUACAAGAGGAUAAAAGCUCGCAGCAGGCUGGCUGAGCUGAGAGGCGUACCCAGGGGACUGUAUGAUGGUCCAGUCUGUGAGGUGUCAGUCACUCCUAAAACCAUGACUCCAGCCUCCUCUGCCAAGACUUCACCUGCCAAACAGCCCGGCCAACCCAUCCGCAACCUGCACCAAUCUGGCUUCAGCCUAUCCGGAGCUCAGAUUGAUGACAACGUUCCUCGCCGGAAUACCCAGCGUAUCGUGGCGCCUCCAGGCGGCAGGGCAAACAUCACCAGCCUGGGUUAGAGCCCCAUCCUCAGGCGCUGAGGAGGAAAUGAGGAUUUGUGGAUGGAUGGCCAGCAGGAGCUGAAGUGGUGGGGGGUGAAGAAGCUACAGCAUUACACCAAGAUUCAAACUCUUCACAACACCUCAUCAGGCCACCUGUUAGCCUCCAGCCUUCAUGUCCUCCUUUGCUGCUUUUUUUUUUUUUUUUAAUUUUUCCACUUCUCCCCCAAAACCUGUUCCUAGAGGACAGAGUUAGGAAAAAACACACAAACAAAAAAGGUCUGCCUCAUAUGAUGAAAAAAUUGACAAAAAAAUUGAUAACACUCUUUAUUUGAGCACUUUUGACUGCAUUAUUUAGUUUUUAUACUGUAAUUUCUCCCUCCCAUGUAUCCCUGUGAUAUUUGCUUUGCUGUUGUUUUCAUUGAGGGGUUAAGUGAGACUAAAGUGAUGUUAUGCAGACGAUAAAGUUCGAGCAGGAUGUCUGUUCUUUUUCCAUUUUUUUUUUUUUUUUUUUUUUGCAUUUUGUGAGGCGUUAGAGUGAAGCAUGGAUAUAAAAACACACUCAUUUCCUUUUAUCCUUUCUUUUCUCGAAUAGGCCAAACAGUAAGUUGCUUGAAAUUGACCAAUUUUGCAUUUCAUUCAGCCAAAAAGAAUCUAAUACUUCCUUCCAGCUGUUAGAAGUCUGUGAUUUGUAUUAUAUCACAUUUCAGUCCCUUCAUUUUCCAGUCCAUUGCUGUCUCUCAUACAGUGCUACAAUCGAUAUUUAAUUGACUAUUCGCCACGAAGACGGCCUUAACAUUUGAAAAAUUGAACAUGGUAAUGCUGUACUAUGGGUACAGUCUGUUGGGAGUCAGCUGGAGAGUCCUGUGGAGCAGAAGGUGCUUUUGGCACGUAGUAAAUAGAGCUUUAUUCUUCAUCUCUGUGUGCAAGGUCAUUGUUAAGUGGGAUUGAUUUACAGGGGGAAAGAGAAAGUUGUGCUUAAUGUUACUUCCGACUUGGCCUUUCCUUGCCUUACUUUCUCUUUAGCGCCGUCCUUUUAGAGAACUUUUAGGAGUGUGGGGAAGGUGCCGUUCACUACGCAGCUACAUGUUUUCCCAUUUGUUUACAUUCCCAGGAAUCACAAAGGUCCAAAUUCUUCAUUGACAGCAGUAGAAACAUCUGACAACCGUCCGUCACCAAGCAGUGCAUUUACAUACAGGAUGUCUCUCCUUCCAAAUGUGACUGUUUUAUACUCCCCCCUCCCCCCCCACACACACCUCAUUUUCUUUCUACUCUUUAUGUGCCUGAACCCACAGAAGUUGUAUUGAUAGUCAGAUUUUAGCUUCUUGUUUUGUUAUUGUUUUUGAGGUAAGUGAAGGAUGUAAGAUAAAAAGAUGUAAAAUAGCCAGGAUUAACCGAUUCAAAGGUGCCAGAUUUUGCGCUUUCAUUGGGCCUAUUCUGAAGAUAGAGCCCCUGUAAAGAUGAACAGUGCUUGAUAUGUUGAAAUGUUCUGUUGUUUUAUAGUUUUGAACUUGUUGUCAAACUGCUUUUUAGUGUCAUUCUGUAACUAGGUGCCUAAGGGCUGAGCACUAUUGAUUUAUGCUUGAAAGUAGACAUGAGCUAAUGUACUUCUGACUAGUGUGCAGUGUUGAUGUGUGAGGAAUGGGACACGCACAGCAGGCUCCUGUACAGCUCUCAGUAUGGCUGUGGAGUUAACAUUGCUCCAGGCUGUACUGCAGCUGUAUGUUCUUGUUCUUCUCCUUUUUCUUUUUUUUUUUUUUUUUUAACAGCACAGUCUGGUUUUAUUAAGCCAAGUAACUGAUUUUCACCAGUAACCAUAUUUCUGCCUGUGACUAAACGCUGAAUAAACUUGACAUGAACAUAACCAGGGGCACUUAUAUAAACUGGGCUUAGAUUCUUUAAAUGCGCCUGUCUAGUUAACAUAGUGACAGCAACUUAGGGGAAACCAAAGGUGAAACACAUACAUAUUCCCUACCAUUAAAAGGGUUAGGGAUCACUUUGAAAUACAGUACAAAAUAGUCAUCAAUGUAAUAUUAUACUGAUGGAAAAUUGGGUCAAAUAACCAUGUCUUUCAUUAUAAACCACUGAUAUUUUUUUUUUUAGUGGAGAUAAUUUAUUUGAAUUUCAGGGAUAGGACUACACCUCAAACACACCACCCUUCUGGUUCUAUAUUUCUGAGAGCUGUGCCUCCUCUACCAUGCCGGGGAGCCGUUACCGAUCCACACUGUGGCCUUUCCUAAACCGCAGUCACAGGUCCAGAUCCUUGCUCUCUCCAACCGCACUUCUUUCAGUAAACCUAAUCAUAUUUGAGGUGUGAUCCCUGCUAUUGAAAUGAGAUAUCCUAAGACAGCAUGGAGAAACUUAUUUUCAGCAACCAUGUCUCCCGUGGUCAGCGGGCACAUUGUUUAAAAAAAAAGAUGUUUUCAUGUAACGGUGUGUACUACUCCCUUCACACACUAGUGCAAAACUGACUCUGGAAAGUGGAGGACCUGGAUGCUCGAUUGAGCGAGAGGACAUAGUCUCUUGUUUGAGAAAUAGGCAUCUAAUAGAACUACAUAUGGCAGCUUUAUUAAAUAGUAGCCCUAAGAGCCUCAUUGUGCUGGUUUUUGAAAAGAGUAGUACACACUGUUGCACGAAAACUCUUUGUGGGGCAUUUUGAGAGUGUAAUCUAACACAACUGCCCUACCUGCUUGUCUAGCCAAAUUUAUGGCUUCUUUACUCAUCACAUUGCAGGAGGUAGCACUGUGUCACUCAAGCACAGUCUGCUGAAUGUAUGCCUAGAUGGAUGCUACAUGAAAAAUCAUCGAUUAAUGGCUUCUCAUUAAAACAAAUGUGCAAAAAGGAUAUUUCCAAGUAACCCCAAAUUUCUGAGUGGUUUUGUGCAUAAUGUAGAUAUUAAAAGUUACACUUUCAGCCUCAGUGUUCCAGGUUUUCUCCCCUCUGACAAAACAGGAAGUCUGUAGAAGGCAGACUCUUUCAGCAUUACAAAUGCUUUAUGUAUUUAAAGAAUCCAAGGCAGACGGGAAUGUAAUAAAUGCACGUCUCUGAAGCAUUCAAAUAUGUGACGAGAUAGGAAUGUCUUCAAGGCAACUUAAACCUCUGCAAGUCAGAAGUGGAGAAUUUUACUGUUUCACAGUUUCUUAAUUCUUUUAUACUUUUAAAAAAACUUCUUCAACCAUGUUAGCAUUCUGCUGCGGCUUGUAGUAAGUUACCGCUCUUUUAACGUUGGUUAAAAGUGUAGGUGAGGGUGAGGCCCACAACACCAGCACAGUCUGGCUGCAUCUGCUCCUUUCGCUCUCCCUUUUCCUUCUUUCUCUUCCUCCCUCCUUGGCUCUUUGGUUGUUUCUGGCUGUUGCCGUAGAGACAGACCCCUCCACUCUCAUGGGGUUCUUGCUUUUUUUGUUUGUCAUGGCAACGUUUUGUCAAAUUUGAGGUUGCCAUCAGCAACCCGUCUUGACCUGGAGCUAUUAGUAUGGGUUUUUGCGGACACACACACACACACACACACACACACAUUUUUUUCAUUAUUCACUUAGAGUGCUGAAACAUUACUACAUAAUCCUGUGCUGGGUUGUGUGGAAUUCAGAAUGCUACCAUAGUUCACAGUGCACUGCAGACUAUUGAGGAAACACACACACACACACACACAUGCAUAGACUCUUAGCACACUAAACAGCAAGGAGCCUUUGCUGCGUUGCAGCGCCUGUGCCUGAAAAAAUCACUCGGAUAUUAAAUACUAGCUGUCGUUAUUGGCAUCCUCUUCGUGUCCCAUGCCUCCUCAGUUUACACGCAUACACACACUUAUACUCCUUUAAUGCUCUGUCAGCUUGGAUGCUUUUUCUAUGCCAUAUUAUUGCUAAUGAUAUACGAGUGAUAUGUAUGUAAGCAACAUGCUGCAGAUUGAGAGGAGCUUCUUUCCAUUCUGAGGUUGUUGAUGCUGUCAAACAUCUCCUUUGCCACCUGCAGCCCCUCCGUCGCCCUCUGUAAGCCUUUAACCUUUGUGAAAGUGAAACUGUGUGAUGGUAUUUGUCUUGGUGGCUGUGGGGUUUCUGGGAUGCUUGCUCACUAUGUCAAAUCCCACGGAUGGUGAUGUAAAAAAAAAAAAAAAAGAAAAAAGAAAGAAAAAGAAAAGAAAGUAACAAUGAGGACUUCAAUGGAUUAAAAAACAUUAGAAAAAAUGAAUUAAAUCUGUGUGUUUUUCAUUACCUAUUAUGGGUUGUGUUAAGCAACAUGUUUUCCACACAGUGCACCACACUGACUUUGAUGUAGUAAAGGAAGGGAUAACUAUUAGACAGGUGAAUUAAAGGCGGUAAGGCUUUACAAUUCAUCACAAAAUAAAAAGUCAUUUGGUCCGUAAGUAAAAUAAACACAGUCAUCAAUAAACAUGAUAUAUUUCACCAAGUCAUUAUUUAUGUAGCAGUAUCCUUCCUGUUAUAUUGUAGAACCAGCUUUAACAGCAAUAAUGUGAAGUAAUCGUUUUUUGUAUGAUUUUAUCAGUCUCUCACAUCAUUAUGGAAGAAUUUUGGCCCACUCUUCUUCACAACAUUGCCUCAGUUCAUUAAGGGCAUUCGUUUAUGCACGGCUCUAAGUUUUCCCACCACAGCAUCUUAAUCGGGCUGAAGUCUGUUGCUAUGACUGGACCACUGCAGCGCCUGCAUUUUUUUUGUUUUUUAGCCAUUCUGGCACAGAUUUGCUGUUUUGCUUGAUAUCACUGUCCUGCUGCAUUUCAGCUAAGUUUUAGCUGUCAUCUAGGAAAAGAGGCUUUCUCCUGGUAACCCUUCCAGACAAGCCAUGUUUGUUCAGUAGAAACUGCUUUGUGCAGUUUCUCUGAGCAUUGCACGGUCUGACCGUGACGUGAAUUUGCUGGGAAAUCCACUCCUGGGAAGACUGGCAACUGUUUUGAAUGUUUUCCACAUGUGAAUUAUCUUUCUCACUACAGAAUGAUGAACUUCAGAUUGUUUGGAAAUGACUUUAUAACCUUUCCCAGAUUGAUGGGCAGUAACAGUUGCUAACAGUUGUUAACACACACACACACAUACACGCACACACACACACACACGCACUUGAAUGCUCCAGACCAGCAAAAUGCCCAAACUUCUGCAUUUAUAGAGGUGCUCACAGUUGCUGAUGACAAAUGAAAGAGUACUGGGCUGCUGUUUAGUGUUUCACACACUGCCUCUGCAGUCUGGCUUAAUUUUUGUAGAAAAAAUAAAAACACAGUCUAAUAUGUGUAAUAUGCCCUUUUGUUGUUCGUCUGAAGUUAUAUUUAAAUAAUUUUAGAACUUGAUGAGGGAAGGAUGAUUCCCCCCCCUUAUAUAUGAAACCUUAGACUUGAAAGAAGCUGUACUUUGUUUUUUAUAUUACUGUAUUUAUGAAUAACUGUUUAAGGAAACUGUGUUUUAUUUAGCCCAAUCAGAUCAAUAAAGAUAGUUACCUCUCA